CUCCACGUUUUUUCUUUUACUUUUGACAUAUUAUCAACGUCAUUAAACCGGUCAAACGCAGUCUGUAUCAACCCCGAGUGUUUAUUCGCAGCUCGUUCUCAGGUGAACUUCUCCGACUGCGCUGCUCUCUCCCUGAAGCCGAGUGGAUCUUGUGACCUCAGAGCCGACACUCUGUUCAAGAUGGCCGUCUUGAGUGAAGAAUUUACACCUCUCCUCUGAAACUAAUCCAACAGUUAGCUGUCUUGGCAAGUUCAGUUCCGUGUUUAGAAAAUGGCACGUCGACAGUGUCCUUGCUUGCUCCCGUUUUAAACCGGAACUGCUGAGGUCAUGGAGUAAACCCGUCCAGGAACUGGAGCGAUCCAGGGCCCUCUGUUGUAGGCCAGAAUGGACAGCUUCUUCAAGGCAGCUGUUUGUGAUCUGGACAAAGUUCUUGAUGACUUCGAGCUCAAUUCAGAGGAACUUGAAUGCAAGCCUGUUUUCCUGAAGCCCCCUGUCCACCCGUUCUCCUCACUGGGCCCUCAGGAUUCCGCCUCAGAGGUCUCUAGUGCCUCAACAAGCCUCCCAGACCUCAAUUCUCUUCACUAUGGCUCUGCAAGAAGCUGUUCCGACAGCCCCGGCAGCCACCUCCAGGGCGCCGACGGUAGCGAGGUCAGAGGUCAGCCCCUGACCGGCGUCGACCUUCUGUCUUCCGUGGACCGCAGGCCUGCGAAAAGCUCGGCGCCCCCUUGCCCGGACAGAACUCUGAAACCAGUGUGCGACCUCGUAAACGACGCAAGCUCGGCCAUCUUGGUACGGACCAACAGCCACGAUGCAUUCAGGGAGCUGGAUGCGGCUGAACAGCAGAUGGAGGAGGAGAAGGAGGCGCUGCUUGUGGACUUUGACACCCCCGUGGUCGCAAAGGUGGGGUCAGAGCUCAACUUGAACAGCAUUACGGAGGAGCAAGCUUCUGCAGGGACCGAUGAGUUGCAUCAGCAGAGCAGCGGUUACUCUGCUUCACUCAGUUUGUUGGACAUUAUUUUCCCCGCAGCAGUAGAGAAAAGCUCAGAACCCAUCGACGAGUCACAGUCGAGAACCGCAGAGUCUGCUGAUGAAGACGAGAAAGAGAGCAAAGAGCAACCUUGCUUCUCCUCAGAGCAACCGGUGGAGAAUUCCUUGAACCUCCAUGAAACAAAUCCUACAGAAUCCAAUAAACAAGCAACUUUAUCAAACAAAGAGCAUUCAUUGGAUAAGAUGUUGGAUGAAGGUGUAGCUGAGUCUACCGAAGGGUUGAUGCAUGAAUCAAAUGGCGAACCAGUCAGCUUAUCAUGCCUGCCGAUAGCCAUGUCAAUGUGUGGCGCUCUGGUGAAGUCAAAUACCUCGGAAGACAAUUUGGAGGCAGCGGCAGAGCUUUGUGAUGAGGCGGCGGCGUCUGAGGACGCAGAGACGGAGUCACUGUUGGCUCUGGAACUGAAGGAUGACGCCAGAGACUCCACUAGGGAUGAUGACCCCUCUGAUUCAGAGCAGAUUCCAGAGCGCAGGCCAUCUCCGGAGGGCCAACAUGGCUCCCUAGAAUCUACCGUUCCUGCAGAACUCCCUACCUCUGACCGUUUGGAGUCCAGUCCGGUCGAUCCCGAUCCCCCUGAGUUCGGUUUUGAGUAUUUACCUGAGAGCGACCAGGCUGAGCUGCUGGUCACGGAUGAAGAGUUGGACGCUUUCCUUCAGGCGCAUGCCGAAGCGGAGCAGGGUGCGGGGGUUUCUUUCUGCAGCAGUGGCGGAGAUUGCACCGAACCGAAGUGUCUCUCAGAGCCGGGCCAAGGUCUGGAAGAACAGCAGAUCGAGAAAGGUCAACAAAGCUGCGGUCAGGAUGGACGGGAAGACAUGGAGGAACUGGCCUCUCAAGAAAGUUGCAGAACAACUGCUGCUACACCAGUAUUACAAGACUCUUGUAGACCUUGCCAGGAAGACUCCUCUGGAGUCAGCUAUUCUUUAACCAGCAACACUUCCCUGUCCCAGCACAGAAGUAGCUCCGAUCAACAACACUCCUAUGGAGGUGCGAGACCAAAACAGCCACACAGCCAAACUACCAGACCUCCACCUGCCGGAGAAGAAGGGGUGGAGCUUAAUGCCUCUCCAACACCAGAAGACGAGGAGAGCCCAAGUCCUAUAGAGGAGCACUCCAGAUUCAGGGAUUCCAACUCCAGCAAUGCCUUUCAGAACCAUCAGGACUUCUCCGUGGGGUUUGAUGAACUCUCAGAGCCGCCUCCUUACCCUGGGGAGGAACCAGCGGCCGUUGCCAGAUCAACAAGCUGGAAGAAGGACAGCAUUGAGGAGCUGGGGAGCAGACAGCCGGAGUGGGUGCCAGACGCUGAAGCGCCUAACUGUAUGAAGUGCAAGCAGAGGUUCACUUUCACCAAGAGGCGGCAUCACUGUCGAGCCUGUGGGAAGGUGUACUGCGCUGGGUGCUGCAACAGAAAGUGUAAGCUGAAGUACCUCGACAAGGAGGCUCGAGUGUGCGUCCUCUGCUUUGAUACCAUACACAAAGCCCAGGCCCUGGAGCGGAUGAUGAGUCCCACGGGCCCGAGCCCGAACCCCAACGUCCCGUCUGAGUACUGCAGCACCAUUCCCCCUCUGCAGCAGGCUCGCGCGGCCGGAACGCUGAACUCCCCCCCGCCCACCGUCAUGGUCCCUGUCUCUGUUCUCAAACACCCCAACAAUGACGCUUGUCCACGUGAGCAGAAGCGCGUUUGGUUCGCUGACGGUAUCUUGCCCAAUGGGGAGGUGGCAGACACGGCCAGGCUGUCGGUGACGAGCCACAGGAGCUCCCAGGAGUUCAGUCCAGACCCGGAAACCUCUGGCUCAGCUGGGUUGGACCCUGGAGGUGGUGCCCCAUCCGUCCCUGAAGCCCCUAUAGUCGAGCCGGUGGCGCGAGCUCCGGUGUCUGGACCCUGGGAUUACGGGUUGCUUUCUGGAAUUGGUUCUUCAGUGACAAGGGUUCCCAGUCUGCUACCAGACAGUCAGGAUGAGCUGCCUCCUCUGCUCAUCACCACCGGAGAAGAUGACGGAGAAGAUGUUUUGGUGGAGGAGAGUCCAGCUCCCUGUCAGAUCCGACACCUGUUGGAAGAAGGAGGUCCGCGUCCUCUGACUUUCGUUCUGAAUACCAACCUCCUUGUAAACGUCAAACUGGUUACCUAUGGCGGCAGGCAGUGCUGGUGCGUCGGCUCUAAUGGACUGCAGGCUCUGGGACAGAAAGAGUUGGUGUUUCUGUUGGAGUGUUUGUCAGGAGAAAAAACGCUUCCAAGAGACCUCUUCUCACUUUAUCUCAGCGUUUACCAAGAUGCCCAGAAAGGGAAGUUUGUGGAGGAACUGGAUAACAUUACGUUCACAAGCAGCUUCCUGGACAGCAAAGAUCAUGCAGGAAUGCUGUUCUUCUCCCCCAGCUGUCAGUCUCUGGACGGCCUCACGCUGCCUCCACAGCCGUUCCUGUUCGGCCUGCUCAUCCAGAAGCUGGAGGUUCCCUGGGCCAAAGUGUUCCCGCUCAGACUGCUGCUACGGCUUGGAGCCGAAUAUGACAUGUAUCCAACGAUGCUCAUAAGUGUUCGUUUUCGGGACUCUGUGUAUCGAGAGACAGGACACACCAUUAUGAAUUUACUGGCUGACCUGAGGAACUACCAGUACAGCCUGCCAGUGGUGGAAGGCCUGAGGAUCCACAUGGAGAUGGGACACAGUUACAUUGAGAUCCCCAAGGCUAGCUUUAGCGAGAUGCAGAAGGUGGUGAAUUCCUCCAAUGAGCACGUCAUCAGCAUCGGAGCGAGCUUCAGCCAGGAGGCCGACUCUCACCUGGUGUGUUUCCAGAACGAAGAGGGAAACUAUCAGACUCAAGCCAACAGCAAGCCAGGGAAGACUCGCACAGUGACUGGAGCCAGCUUUGUGGUGUUUAAUGGAGCGCUGAAAGCCUCGUCGGGUUUUAUUGCCAAGUCCAGCAUCGUCGAAGAUGGGUUGAUGGUUCAGAUCCCACCGGAGACCAUGGAGUCUUUGCGCUCCGCCCUGAGGGAACAGACAGACUUCCACAUCCCCUGUGGGAAGAAUGACGGCGGAGAGGUCCGAGAGAACGUCACGGUCCGCUGGGUCGACUGGACUUCUCCCGUCAACUCUGGUAAAACCAGUGGGGUUGAUGGGAGGCCUCUGGAUGGCAUCCCCAGCGUCAGAAUGCAACAGGAUGCAGAGUUUGAGUCCGACAGUCGCUCCAUUAGAUGCACUGAGGUCAUCUACCAGCUGAAGGCUCCAGACUGCAGCCUGGCGUCAUUGCUGUCGUCUUGCAGCAUGUUUCAGAAGGAGAUCGCCAUGGCGACCUGCAGCGCUCUGGCUCCUCACCUCUCGGUUCUGACCGCAGGCGGCAUCAACUCGCUCUGGCUUCGCAUCUCCACUCAGGCCGACAUGGUGGAGUACCAGGCGGGGUCCGGAGGCCGGCUCCUCCCCCAGCGCUACAUGAACGAGAUGGACAGCGCUCUGAUUCCCGUCAUUCACGGAGGGAGUGCCAGCGUACCGCAGACUGCCAUGGACAUGGAGUUGGUCUUCUACAUCACACACACUUUCCAGUGAACAAAAACUAAACACCCCCCACUCAAAGUAUUAAAAAAAAUAAAAUAAACAAAGAAAAAAAAAAGUAGACCCCUCAAGAGGAUGGAUGUAUUUUUAGUGGGAUGCAAACUUUAUAGAAAAUGGAUUUCUGUCGUCACCAAAGCUGCUACGCCAAACACUAAACACCGCUCUGAUCAGCUCUGCCUUCCUGGCUCUCCGGGAGCUCCUCUGUGAAUGUCACUACACACCUUCUCUUAAAAAAGGAAAAAAAAAAAAUCAUCUGGAUGUAUUCAUCAUUUAAAACGGGCUAACUGAAUGAACUGACAGCAGAGAAGCCACCGGGUGCUGAUGUUCUAGUAAAGGCAUUCUGGAAGGAUGAAGAAUCUGCUAACACACAGAAACACAACUUCUUUCUGUCCACACUGGGACUUUUUUUUGUCUUGUGGGUCGUUUUUUUUUUUCCAUUUAAAGUAUUUAUGUUUCAGAUUUCCCCUGUGCACACUUGUUUAGGGUCACUGUUUAUUCCCCUCUGCACAAAAGAGAAUAAUACAUUAACAUAGUUUGGAUUAAAAUUGUACCAAAAUCAGGACAAAAAUAAUAAAAACAACCCCGCAUGUUUCACAGCAACAUACUCAGAAAAAACAAAACCGGGAAGAAACGCUACAAUUUAACUCAAGUCUCAUUUUACCAGCUCAGAUUCAGUUCUGCUUAUGGAGACUUUUUUUAUUUUAGUCCAUGGAGUUUAUUCAUUUGUUUGGAAACACAGAGUAUUUUUUUUAGUAAAAACAUGGAAUGUUGGGUAGGAAAAUUACAGCGCCCCCUGGGAGAUGUGAGGACAUUUUUUUUUUCUUUGCGUUCCCUCGCCAUAACGCAUCUCAUGCGCUAUUUAAAAUCCUGAAAGGUUUUCUGGUACAAAAUAAUUUUUUUCCAGGCAUCUUUUUAGGUUUUAUACCUUUUUCUUGUGAAUACAGACACACCACAAACUUAUGGGCAUCCCUACUUAUAUAAAUAUAACAAAAACUUUCUGCAAGAACAAAAUGAUCAAAUCCAUCCAAACUAUUUUGUGCAUUUUUGAGUUAUUUUCACAGGGUCAUAUCAGCCAUUUGACAGUUUUUCUGGUCGUCUUUUUCACGUCGGCAACCUGAAUAAAUGUCUGUUUUCGUUUGCAGUCCCGUCUCCACCGAGACAUAUUACACAAACAAACAAACAAACACAAGAAGCAAAUUUUCUGCACCAAAUGACCAAAUUUACUCUGAGGGAACGCAACAACAAUAAUAAAAAAAAAAACGACCCCAUGUCCCCUAAGACUUUUGGUUUUUUACAAACCAAAAGUCCAACCUGACUGGAUAUUAUGGGAGAAUAAUGGGAUUCAGGUAGCCUGAGACGUCAGAUUAAACUUAUAUAUUCAUCUUUUAUUCUUUUUAUUCUUCUAAAAUAGGAGUGUCGAGUCUCUGCAACAUUCCUCGUAUAAACCGCUUCCACUGGCUUGAAUAUUUGAAGAAAGCUGAUUGUAGUUGUUUAUGCCGUCUCUCCAUUUUAUUGCUUUUUUUUUUUUAAUAUUCUCAUAGAGAAAAAUGAAAUCUUCAAAAACAGAACACUUGAUUAAUCGACAAGUAGCUGAGAUUUGAAGGAGGCAAAGCUGAGUUUGUUUUAACCGUCUUCUCAACACCUUCACUCUGUGUGAAUGUUUUAUCUUUGAGUCGACACCGAGGCUCUUGAAUGUAUCUGUUUAAUGCUCCUCCUGUCAUCCCCAUAGCAACCAAUCACAUGUAGACCUGCACCGAUCAGUAUCUUGUAGCCAGAUUCAGAUCCCUGGGAUUUGGAAAGCUUUCGUCGACUUCAGCUGAUUCCACUUUCUCAUUCAGGACUCUAAGGAAGAUUUACAGAAUGGUUGUUGAUUAUUUAUGUUACCAGUCAAGAAGAUGUGGCACCGCUGACUGAGUAAAACUAUUUGAGAAAAAGGACAAAGCAUGCGUUUUAAGUGGUCUGCUCCGUCUUAGAUCAGCAAGUAGCUUGUCUAGCAGUAACAACCAGCUGGUCCAAGAAAUGAAAUAAUUUUUUUUUUAUAUACCAAAUUUGAUCUCCAAUGUUAAUUGAUUUUCUUUUUUCUUUAAUAAAUCAUGAUUGACAGAAAGUAUAUCUAAAAAAUAACAUUGGUGCAUUGGUGGAAAAAAAAAAUGCAGAUUCCAAAACAAAAAAUUCAGUCAAUUGAUAAAAUGGCUUCAUUACCAGCUCUGGCAGGUCUGUGUGUAUUCUUUAGAGAAUAUACUGUAGAUUUUAUUUAAGAGAGUCGUAAAAGAUUAACAACAUUUCCAGACCCAGUAUUCCUCAUAAAAGACGGUAUGGUUUUGAAUAUGAUAAAACCAUAAAUCUUUGCUGUCAUAUGCUCAGCCUUCCUGUUACCUUUCUAAAACAAAGCUUUCCCUUUCUCACAGCCUGAACCAACCGCAGGCGUUUCUUUGUGUUAUUUCUAAACGUUUUUGACGUCUCUGUACUCCUUGACACAGCACCACAGGAACAACUUCCACACUGAAGAGUGUUGCUGCUACUCUGUAGCGCUUAGGCUUUGGUAAGGCGCAUUCACUGUUUGGAAAAAGAUCUGACUUUAGCGUUUCAGACCAACAUCAAAGUCUCUGUUCGCCUCCAGUCAUAUCGUCACCUUCCUAAAAUAAUGAUGGUAGCAGUCCAUUUUUUUUUGCCACAAGAUGAUUUAGAAGGAAAAAAUAAUAAUUUUUGGCAAAAAACGAGUCCAGCCAUUAUUUUAAGCAGGUGACAAUAUGGAAACUAAUCAUCUAUGCAUCCUUAGCUGAUCUGUCAUAACUCAUUAACUAUGCAUCUAAUUUAAAGGGUUUUUUCCCAAUAUCUGCUGAGAGGGAAUAGUAGGUGGAGCCUAAUCAGAUCAACUGAAGCUGACCAAUCAGAGGAAAGCAUCCAGUAAGACCCUGAUGGCAGAGUAGCUAUGUGCGCUCAUCUAUUUUUCUAGUUUAGGAUAAAAAUCAGUGUUUGACUUCUUCUCAUCCAUAUGUAUAAAAAAAAAAUGUGCAGAGAUUAUAUAUGUAUAGAAGGAGAAAAAGAAAUACACUUUUUGAUAUUGCAGAGAUAUUUUUGGUAUAACUGAUUAAAAAAAAAAAAGUCCAGCAUAUUUAAGAUGUUUGGAGCUAAUGUGAGGUAAAAAAAAAAAAAAAAAAAAGCAAAUCUAGUUCAACGUGAAUGUUUUAAAUCUGCAGCCUUGACCCUCCCUCUGCAGGUUGUAGUUUAACCGUCAGCAAAUAGAGCCAGGGGAGUUUCGUGCUUCGGGUUAGUGUGUGCAUGACUUGGGCUAUUUGCUAUUUUGUGUCGGUAGGUGACUAAUAAAAGAGGGGGGGAGAUGAAGAAUAUAUAUUUUUAAUUGAUAAAAAUCAGCGUUUAACUGACCUGUAAAGUUUGCAUGUUUUUUUUUUCUAGUUAGGAUUUCUUCAGAUGAUUCAGAGCUGAAUUUUUUCGCCCCCACAACGUUCGACCUUCAGCUAAUGACAGGUGGAUGUGGGACAGGAACUGCUGGUUGAACACUAAACUGCACUUAUUUUAACUUUAACAUCUAACAUUUUAGAUCUUUUAGCUGCAGAAAUGCAUAAUAAAGAAUGAAAAAAAAAAAAAACUCAAGUAGUGCUGAUGCA